AUGAUGGUGGCCGGGCGUACCAUCCAGGGAGUCGGCAGCGGAGGCAUCUUGACCAUGUCCGAGAUCAUCGUGUGCGAUAUUGUGUCCAUUCGCGAGCGUGGUAUGUACGCCGGUAUCAUCCGUGGCGUCUGGGCUAUAGCGUCCGUCAUAGACCCCAUUGUCGGAGGUGCCAUGGCUCAGAAUGUCUCUUGGCGUUGGAUCUUUUAUAUCAAUCUACCUAGUGCGGGAGUCGCUGCCAUUGCUCUCGCUCUCUUCCUUAAGCUGCACCGGCCACCCACCGGGACUUUCAAGGAGCAACUGGCCAGGAUUGACUGGGGUGGUGGGUUUCUGCUUAUUGCAUCAAUGACGGCUAUCGUGCUGGCUUUCAGCUGCGGAGGCUCACCCGGAUCGUCGUGGACGUCCUGGCGGGCCAUUGUGCCCCUCAUCAUGGGGUUUGUCGGGCUGCUGCUAUUCAUCGCAUACCAAGCGUUUGCUCCCUGGUUGAAGGAGCCCAUGAUGCCGCUGAGCCUAUUUGGUAACCGUACGGCCGUUACAGUCUUCCUCAUCAGCAUCAUCCACAGUAUGCUUCUCUUCUGGGCGUGUUACUUCUUGCCAGUAUACUUCCAAAUCGCCAAAGACGCCAGCCCGUCGCGAUCCUCUAUCAUGAUGUUCCCGAUGGCAACGACCAGCGCGGCAGCCGGAGUCCUCGUUGGAAUAUCCAUUACCAUUACGCGUCAUUACCGCAUCUGGCACUUUGUAGGGUUCAGCCUAAUGGCCAUGGGCUUCGGAUUCUUUACUCUACUCGAUGAGCUCUCGCCCACGGCUGAAUGGGUGGGCUUUCGGAUUCUGUUUGGACUCGGCACGGGUGUCGUCUUCACCAGCACUCUCCCUGCUAUUCUGGCAAGCUUGCCUGAAUCGGACGUUGCGGCGGCUACGGGCUGCUGGUUGUUUCUGCGCAACUUUGGCUCCAUUUGGGGCAUUGCGAUCCCGGCGGCCGUGUUCUAUACGUACGCUAAGAAUGCUGUCUCGCGCAUCUCCAGCCCUGAAGUUAGGGACAUGAUGACCAAUGGCGGCGUAUACCAACGAGCAACAACUGCAUUUAUUGCUUCUUUCAAUCAUCAGCACUUUCUCAGGGAAGAGAUUGUGGACUUUUACAUUGCGAGCCUCAAGCUUAUAUGGCUGGUGUCGGUUGUUUUUGCCGCCAUUGGCUUUGUUAUGGCUUUGCUUGUGCCGACAGUAGAGUUAGGAGACCAAUUGAACACCGAGUAUGGACUAGCCGAAGGCGGAAGAAGGGUUCUAGUAGCGAUGUAUAGGCUGGGUACAGAGGAUGAGAUUGUCCUCCGGCUUGUAUACUUUAAUAGUCAGAUGUUGUCUCUAAAGUAUAGGUUUGGUUUUAAGAAAAUUUAA